AUGCUCAAGGAAAAUAAUAAUGCACGAUUGCUGCAUGUCUAUAAUUCAAACGUGCGGCCAAACAACUCCAAAGUUCAGCAGGCAAAAAGUCUGGCAUUCUUGCCGAUACUCGGUUUUAUCAUUUUUGUGAUCUGUUCGUUGCUGAAGGUUUACAAGUGGUCACGAGACAGCGCCAGGUGGAAAGCUCGGGGUGAUGUCGAGUUUGGGGAUGAGGCGGAGGUCAACUAUGGCAUCAUUCAAGCCGGGGACAAGGAUUUCUGCCAGAUCGACAUCCUCUCUGAUGGUACUUCAGUUUAUGAUACUGUUAACUCUUUAAGAUUUUUUGGCAAUGGAUACGCCACUCACAUGAGUGAUUCUUACCCAUAUCAUGAUACGGUCACAUCCUAUAAGUCUCUGCUGACCCAGAAGGCUGGAGACGGCAGUCAGUACUAUGAUACUGUGAAAUCUGAUAGAGCAUUUUCACAGAAAAGGACUCAAAGCAGAGACCUAGCUGUGCAAGUUAAUCUUCUGGGAAGUUCUCCACUCUGGAGAAGAAGUGUUUCAUACUGUUGUGCUCAAGAGAAAGAAAGAUCAGAGAUGACGGCAUCAAGGAAAAAUAGCACUGUGCCUUUGAAGAAACAGUUAAGUAGAGAUGGCCAGAUGCUUCAGUUUGAAAGCAAGACAUCCAGACGUAGAAGAGCCAGUGGUGAUGUCUCAACAACGAAGAAGCGAUCAUUGUCACAGCCGUCAUCCCAAUGGGUUAACAAUCCAAUCUGUCAUUCACCAUCCGUACAUCAAUCAUAUUCUUUUGCUGGUGAUUCCGAAGAAGGCAUCCUUCAGAGUUUUCGGCUUGAUAGAAGGACGUACGUCAGUAAGAAAAGGCGAAUGCUGUAUUCAUCAAAUGGGAAAAUGCUGACUUUUCCUGUUAGUUCAUGUCAUUCAGCACCAUGUUCCCACAAAAACAGUGGAGCUGGGAAUUUUCCAAGGCGAAGGCGGCAUUUUUCCGUGGAUAGUGUGCAGUAUUUAAGACAAGCAACUGUUAAUAACAUCAGCCAGAAAUAUUUCUGUGAAGAGGAUCUGACAAAUUCAUUUAACAUUGCAGCUGGUAUCAAAAUGAUAAUGAAAAAUCAAUCUUUUAAUGAAAAAGUAGCAGGGUCUCCAAAGUGCUCGAAAACUUCCCACCUACUAGAUGUGUCUGCUCCAUUGAUUUCAGGUUCUGACCGUGAUAUUAACAUAAACAAACACAUACCUUUGUCCAUGGUGUCUGAUGGUCACAUUUUAGAGAGGGAUGUUUUAGCCAGCCUACAUUCUGGAGCCAAAUUUAGGUCCUCAUCGGAAAUCACCAAGUCCUCGACAAGACGGUCCAUAUCAGAAACUAGGACAUUAAUUUCUCAUGCUAGAGAAGAAUUCUUUAAGAACAAACUUAACAGUGCAUUUUUGUUAAAGCCAAAAGAAAUGACAGAUUCACAUUCAGGUACAGCUGUGGGGAGCACAGAUUCCAGGAAUUGUUCGAGUGUUAAAAUUGUACCUUCAGACUGUCGUCAACUUUCAAACAGUGAAAGUAAUUCUGUAUCCGUGGAAGAUCAAAUUAGUGUCAAUUUAGAGUCUGAUAGAAUUAGUGUCAAUUUAGAGUCUGAUAGACUUAAUGUCAAUUUAGAGUCUGGUCAGCAGCCUUCUUUGGGAUCAUGCUCUAAAAGUGCUUGCGUGAACAAGAAGAAGAGUGUAAAUUCGCUAAGGAAGCAGCAAAACGUAGAUAUGGUUGAAACUAACAGGUCAGACAAUGUCAAUGUUGGAGCUGUAGAUCCCUCAACCAAAUGUAAUCUUUAUAAAGUUCGGCGUUUUCAAGUCACGUAUGUUAAUGCGAAAAUGUCAAGUCUUGUUUCUGAUGGUGCUAAGUUGAGUUAG